UAAUGAAUGUACAAAUCCACAUUUGAACAAUUGUAGUCGUUUUGCGGAUUGUAUUGAUCGAGAAGAUGGAUAUGAAUGCGUUUGCAAAGCUGGUUAUCUUGAUAGAAAUCCGGCAGAACCGGGAACAGAUUGCAAAUUGACAAAUCCCAUCUGUCUAUCAGACCAAAAUGAUUGCGAUAAGAAUGCGAAAUGUAUCGAAAAAGGUACAAAUGAAUAUACCUGUGUCUGCAAUCCUGGUUAUAUUGAUAAAAGUCCUGAAUUAACCAAACCAGGUCGUAUUUGCUUGGAACAUAUCUGCAGUGAUCCAUCAAAACACGAUUGUCAUCCGGCUGCUGUAUGCACCGAAGUUCCAAAACCGGAACGAUAUAUAUGUUCAUGUCGUAAUGGCUAUAUCGACGUAAAUUCAAGCAAGCCCGGGAGAGUUUGCAAAGAAUUGGUGAAUGAAUGCUUGAAUUCAUCAUUAAAUGAUUGUGAUCCAACAGCUACAUGUAGUGACUUGAAAGAAGGAUAUACGUGCACUUGUCCACCGAAUUCUAAGGAUCUUUCUACAGAUAGCCAAAAACCUGGACGGAAAUGUUCCAUU